AUGUUUCACGGUGCGAAUACUGAAUACUAAUGAGCGGGCGCCCUCUUUAGUCUUUCUUAGAGCCUCCGCCAUUCUCUAAGGCAGGAAAGCCCUAAAACGCCUCACAGUAAAAACAACCCAAAAAAUCAAAUGGUGAAUUUCUUUGCAUGAUCACGGAACCGUAAUCCAUUCCUGUAGAAUUUGUUUUUUUUUUAAUGAAAAUCUUCAGUUUGAAAUCGGAUCGUUUCUAGGGUUUUUGUUGUGUGUAUGCCGUUGGUUCUGCAUGAUCCAGCAAUCGGAGGUCAGUAUAUCGUCGGGCUCUUUUGUUUGAAAUUUGUUCGUAUGCGGAUUCGGUUUGAACUAGAAACUGAUUGAUUAUAGAGACUACCGUAUAUGGUGGGCAGGAUACUUGUGCGGGGAGGUUCAGAAUAUUUUAAUUGGAGACAGGGAAAGGAUAGUAGAUAGAUAGGCGCUUCCUCAUAUUGGUGUUGAAGGUUUAUUUGAUAUGUUAUUGUCGCAGUCCAGAUCAGUUGCUAAGAGAAAGGAGGAUCGGAAAUUCAGGAAUAAGUUUAAAGGUAAAAAAAAGCACAAGAGAUUAGACGCAAUUUGUGAGAAAGCUUACAAUAGGAGUCAUGGUGCAGUUGAGAAUGGUGAGGCUGGUAGUAGAGGGGUUCAAUUAGAGCUGCGCAGAAGUAAUAGGGCUCGCAAGGCGCCUGUGUUGCUGGACUCAUCACCUUUGCCGCCCAAAAAGCGGCAGAAGAUUGAUGGAAGUGUCCCUAGUAGCGUUCAGAAAGUUGGGGGAGAUGAUAAGAGGCAGUGCAAGACAUCAUUAUCAAGUUUCUCCGAUUUGGUUGAACAAAAUGGUGAUGGUGUUUGGGGGCGAAGGUUGAGAUCUAGAGGAAAUAAUGACACAUAUUCUGGUCGAGGAGGGAGGGAAUCUUCAUUUAAAGGUAAAAGAAAACUCUAUAAGGAUUUGGAUGAGUAUGGCAAUGACCUGGAUACCCAGUUUUAUGAUAAGAAAGGGGGCUUAGCAGGUGAGAAAUCGACAGUGGUAAAAUCAAAGAGGCCAGGGAGAAUAAAAGCUUCAAACAUUUUGGCAAAUGGGGCUCCGAAGAGGGAUUUGGCAGAUAAGAUGGAAGAUGAUAAAGACUGGUGCAGAAAUGAGGUGGAAGAUGAUAAUGAAAUGAGUGGAGAUGAGGUGGAAGAUGAUAAUGAAAUGAGUGGAGAUGAGGUGGAAGAUGAUAAUGAGAUGAGCGGAGAUGAGGUGGAAGAUGAUAGUGAAGUGAGCGGAGAUGAGGUGGAAGAUGAUAAUGAAAAGAGUGGAAGUGAGGUGGAAGACGAUAGAGAAAGGUCUGGAAAUGAGGUGGAAGAUGAUACAGAAGGGUGUGGAAAUGGCAUGUUAGAUGUUACAGAUGAAAUGGAUGGAUUGAAUUUAGAGAUUACUUUGGAAUGCAGAAGAGAAAUUGAAUCUGGAGAUGACCAAGUGACUUUGCAGUUGGGUGAGAGAGAGGAGACUGCAAUUCAAAGGAAGUCAGAGAUAGAAAACUGCCCGAGCAAUGACAAUGACAAGAAAGAAUCAAAGAUAGAGCAUAUUGUCCCCAAAAAAUCAGCACGUGAUAUUGUAUCUGAUGAAGUAAAUACUGCUGAAACUAAAUGUGCAAUUGAUGAUGAACAAAAAGAUGAAGAUCCUCAUAAGCCUCUUGAAGAGGAGAUACCAGAAAAAUGUGAAGAGAAAACCAAUGCUAUUGUUGUAGCAGGCAGAAAACCAAGGAUAAAAUUAGGAAGAUGCUGUGGUUUAUGUGGGGGUGGUACGGAUGGCAAGCCUCCAAAAAUACUUGCUCUGGAAGGGACUGGCAGUGAUAAUGAGGCAUUCAGUGGGUCAUCUGCCUCUGAAGAACCUAAUUAUGAUGUAUGGGAUGGAUUUGGUGAUCAAUCAGGAUGGCUUGGACGACUUUUAGGUCCUAUUAAUGAUCGGUAUGGAAUAGCUGGAAUUUGGGUUCAUCAGCAGUGUGCAGUAUGGAGUCCAGAGGUUUACUUUGCUGGAUUGGGAUGCUUGAAAAAUGUUAGAGCUGCCCUUUACCGGGGACGCGUGCUGAAAUGUAGCCGUUGUAGGAGACCUGGAGCAACCAUUGGGUGUCGUGUUGAUCGAUGCCCCAAAACUUACCACCUACCAUGUGCACGAGCCAAAGGUUGCCUCUUUGAUCAUCGAAAAUUUCUUAUUGUCUGCACUGAUCAUCGACAUCUAUUUCAACCAUAUGGAAUUCAGAAUGCACAAAGAUUAAAGAAAAUGAAGGCCAAAAAGUUAAAAUGGGAAUUCCGUAAGAUGGCUAAUGAUGCUAGUCGAAAGGAUAUUGAAGCAGAAGAAAAAUGGUUAGAGAACUGCGGGGAAGAUGAAGAAUUUCUGAAGCGUGAAAGCAAGAGGCUUCAUCGGGAUUUGUGGAGAAUAGCACCCACAUACAUUGGAGGUGCAAAUCAUGAGAAUGAGUCCCAAUACCAUGGGUGGGAAUCUGUUGCUGGACUUCAAGAUGUCAUUCAAUGCAUGAAAGAAGUGGUUAUCUUGCCACUUCUAUACCCUGAGUUUUUCAACAACCUAGGAAUCACACCACCUAGGGGUGUGCUACUGCAUGGACAUCCUGGAACUGGUAAGACAUUGGUUGUCCGUGCACUAGUUGGGUCUUGUGCUCAUGGUGAUAGGAGGAUAGCAUACUUUGCGCGCAAAGGAGCAGAUUGUCUUGGCAAAUAUGUUGGUGAUGCUGAGCGUCAAUUAAGACUUUUGUUUCAAGUUGCCGAGAAAUCUCAACCUUCUAUUAUUUUUUUUGAUGAGAUAGAUGGUUUAGCUCCAUCCCGUUCGAAGAGACAGGAUCAAACACAUAAUUCUGUUGUCUCCACCUUGCUUGCAUUAAUGGAUGGCUUAAAGUCUCGAGGUUCAGUUAUUGUAAUUGGAGCAACUAAUCGUCCUGAUGCAGUUGAUCCAGCUCUAAGAAGGCCUGGAAGAUUUGAUCGGGAGAUUUACUUUCCUUUACCUUCUGUUAAGGAUAGGGAAGCAAUUCUCUCAUUGCACACUAAAAAAUGGCCCAAACCACUAAUUGGAUCCUUAUUGAAGUGGGUAGCAAAACAAACUGUGGGGUAUGCUGGUGCUGACCUGCAGGCUCUGUGUACUCAAGCAGCUAUGAUUGCUCUGAGGAGGAGCUUCCCCUUGCAAGAAGCUCUCUUAUCAGCAGAAACUGGAACUUCUAAGAGUAGAUCUGCCAUUCCUACUUUAGUUGUGGAAGAGAAAGAUUGGUUGAAGGCACUGUCAUGUGCCCCACCUCCAUGCUCACGAAGAGAGAGUGGAGUUGCACUAAAUGAUGUGGUUUCUUCACCUCUUAAGCUUCAUCUUGUUCCUUGUCUUCUGCAACCUCUAACAAGAUUACUUGUUUGCCUGUGCCUGAAUGAGAGUGUCUGGUUACCACCUCAUCUUAGUAAGGUAUCCACAAUGGUUAAAGAUGUGACCAUUUCUUACUUAGAUGGCCAGAGAGAGCAGAGCAAUAAUUGGUGGCUGCAUAUAGAUGGUUUGCUUGAGGAAGUAGAUUUUAUGAGUGAGAUUGAGAAGAACCUUAUGCUUGCAAAUGUUCUGGUGGGAGAGAGCAGCUUAUGUGAUUUUGAAUCUACAGGCCAUAAUGGUGAUGAGGAAUUUUCAGGGAUUGCCCCUUCCAGCUCUCAAUCAUUUGCUCGCCCAGAGUUGCUUAAAAAAAUGACUAGUGGAUUGUGUAAUAAUUCAGGAUUUCAAGUAUUGAUUUGUGGUAAUCCAAGAUCUGGCCAGAGGCACCUUGCUUCUUGUCUUCUCCACUUUUUUGUUGGUAAUGUUGAUAUAUGGAAAGUUGAUUUAGCUAGCAUUUCUCAUGAAGGACAUGGAGACAUGGUUCAUGGGCUAACAAGAAUAUUGACAGGAUGUGCUCAAACAAAUCUGUGUUUACUAUAUAUGCCUGCAAUCGAUUUGUGGGCUUUUGAGAUGGAUGAUGAAGCCCCUGAAGAUUGCAAACCAUCUUCCAACAACCAUAAUUCAUCUGAUGUUCAUUAUGCAACUGACAUGAAACACGCCAUUCCUGCAAGUGAUGAUAAAGAGGCACUAAAAGUGCAAACUUCUAUGAAGAAGGCCUCGUAUCUCUGGACCUUAUUUGUUGAGCAGGUCGAGUCUAUGCGUGUGAACUCGCUGAUGAUGAUUCUGGCCACAUCAGAAUUGCCGUUCUCUUUACUUCCAAGUAGCGUAAGGCGGUUUUUUGGAGAUGAGGUGGUUAAUUGUGGACUCUCAAGUCUGCGAGACCGUAAUGUGCCUCAAUUCUCUUUACAACUUGAUGGGAAAUUGGAUCACAAUAAAGUGAUUAAUUGUUUUGCUGCUAAGUUGUCAAAAGAUUUGGCACAACAGUUUGUUCAUUCACUACAUGGUGGAAACCAUAUCCAUGAAAGCCCCUUUGCAAAAAAUUGUGAGACAGUUGAAGGUGAAGUUGAUCUAGUUUGUAAUAGUCAAUCCGUCCAUGUCAGUUCGUUGAACCCUGCCGGUCUCUCAAAUAAAUCAGUGAAAGUGAAAUCAAGUUUGACGUUUGCAAUAUCAGCUGUUGGCUAUCAGAUACUGUCUUAUCCUCAUUUUGCAGAACUAUGUUGGGUCACAUCCAAGUUAAAAGAAGGGCCCUGUGCCAAUGUCCAUGGACCCUGGAAAGGUUGGCCCUUCAAUUCUUGUAUUGUUUGUCCCAGCUAUUUAUCUGAGCAGGCCUCUGAUGCCAAUGAUUCUGGUAAUAUUAAACAAAAUGAAUCUAGUCUAGUUCGAGGACUAAUUGCAGUUGGGUUAUCAGCAUAUAGAGGUGAAUACACUUCUCUAAAGGAAGUUUGUUUGGAGGUUCGGAAAGUUUUGGAAACUCUUGUCAAACGAAUUGAUGAGAAAGUUCAAGCUGGGAAAGAUAAAAAUCAGUUUAUUCGGAUUUUAUCCCAGGUCUCUUAUCUGGAUGACAUGGUUAUGAGUUGGGCGCACACAUUACAAAGUUUAGAGGUGGAUAGCUGUAUUUCAGAAGCCAAUCCCACUACUUAUAUUGGACCAGUUAGUAAUGUUGUCUCCAAGGAUAGCAUUUCUGACUGCAACAAGCUACGCCAUUCAAAUUUGGAUCAAACUGAACUGUGGGGCAAAAUUCCUCAGGGAGUCGAAACUGAUGGUGCUGAUGGAUGUCCAGAAGCAGAUGGCGAAAUGUCUCUUGACGUAAAAAGACUUUCUAAUAUGGAAAACAGUGCCCUGGACUUCAGUGCUAAAGAUUAUGGUUACUCUGAUCCAACAGAUGGUGAUCAUGGGUGUCAAGAUGAAUGUGAUGCAGCUGAAGUUAAGGUACAAGAGUCUACCAAUCUGGUUGUCUUGGAUGAUUCCGCGGCACCAAAAGCAGAAACUGAUGGCAAUCAGUCAGAAUUUGGUGACGGCCCAUCUUUCAAACGUUCCAAUGGCUUCACAAAGAGACAUUUCAGUCUUGAAGCGGAUGGUUCCUUGAAUUCCAGUGAUAAGCAGGGUGUGGAGGUUUCAUCCUCUGAUGAAGUGCCUAACCAGCGGUAUGUUCAAUCCUUGAUUGGUACUUGUGUUGACGGAUGUGAUCCCAAAGGCAGCUGUGGAACAAAAUCCAGCAAUCCUACAGGUCGUUCUGUUGAUAUCUGCUUUUACCAGUGCUGUUCCAAAUGCUUUUCAAAUCUCAACAACUUACUGCUUAGAAUUGUUAGAAGGGAGUGGGGACUUGGAAGAAGUGAUUAUACUGUAGAGGAUGUGCAUGACUUUGUUGCUUCUUUAUCAACAAAGCUUCAUCUGUUACUGCAUAAAUUGUUCCAAUGUGGUAAAAGAAAAUCUGCUGAUGAGGGAACGGAACUGCAUGAACGUAAGUAUUCAGGGAAAUUGGUAUCAGAGGAAUGCAGUUGUCAUGCAAUGAACGAGAGAGCAACUAGUGAUGAAGCUGGCUUAUCUCAGACUUCUCAAGGAUGUGAUUCCCGGUUUACUUUUAAGGAUGGUGUGCUGUCGUCAACUCUAGGCGGCAGAGGUACUGAUGUUUCUUACCAUUGUAAAUUCAAGAAAUUAUGCCUUGAUUCUCUUAUAGAGUGGUUGGGGGCGAGCAAGGAGGUAUCUUGAGUGAUAAUAUAUAUAUAUAUAUCAUGUUAUAGUGUAGCUUCAAUGCAUGUUUCUUUCCGCAAAUUUUGAAGCACUUGCGGAAUAAAUCUCUGCAAACUUCACUCUUAACAUUGAAAAACGGUUUUGAGCUGCUGCUUUUACAGUGGGGAAAAAUUACAUUUUCUAAUUUUCCUUUUUAAUGACUUGUAUUGGUUUUAGUGGUAAAUGCAUGGAUCUUGAUGUCGAAAAAUCAUUUGAAUUGGUCUGAAUGAUUAUGAAUAUUCUCUCUCAAGUAGAACAGGAAUGAAUAAGA